AUGCAGCAGCAACAGCAGCAAACAAGCUGCGUCGCGGGGCUGCGAGUGGAAGUGCUGCCGCUGUUGGGUUGCACAGACCCUUUGUUGCGAGAGCGCGCAGCAGCAGCAGCAGCGGCAGCAGCAGCAGCAGCAGCAGCAGCAACACCAGCAGCAGCAGCAGCAAAGCGACCUGCAGCAGAAGAUGCGGCAGUGCUACCAUUAGGAGAAGGAGAGGAGCUGAGUAUAGAAGCUGCGGGCACUUCAUUGGCUUUGCUGCUGUCUGUCUCCCCCCAGCAGCAGCAGCAGCAGCAGCAGCAGCAGCAGCAGCAGCAGGAAACAGCAGCAGUGCAUGCGCUGGGUAGAAAGCGGAGUUCUCUCUUUCAGCUUCGAGAUGAUGUUAUAAGCCAGAGACAUUGUUUGCUGCUGCUGCAGCAGCAGCAGGAUCGCAGCAAGCUGCAGCGGCAAGUCGCGCUGCUGCUGCCGCCUCUGGUUGCUGCGCUGCAGCAAGCAGGUCUCUCACUGUCUUCUGCUGCUGCUGCUGCUGCUGCUCCUAUUGGGGCUCCAAAUGGCUCCUUCACCCCUGCUGCUGCUGCUGCUGCAGCAGCAGUUUCUUGCGCUGAGAUUGUCUUCGAGUGUACAGACAUCUCAAAGGGAGACGGAGAGACUGUUGCUGCAAGCCUGAGCGAUCCGCAGCAGCAGCAGCAGCAGCAGCAGCUAGAACAGCAGCAGCACAAUGAGGAUCCGGACAUAGCAGCAGCAGCAGAAGCUGCUGCUACUAGCGCAGCAGCUUGUGGGUGCGCUCGUGUGCCUGCCAGUUUGCUGCUGGGGUUCUCAGCAGCAGCAGCAGAGCAGCAGCAGAUCUUGCUGCUGUCUUUGUUGUAG